AGCAAACUCAUCUCAAAUUCGCGUAGCUGCUUUAAUAAGAAGGUUUCAAUGGGGAUAAAGUCACUUUAUGGGUAACCGUUAAAAUUUUUGGCCAUUUAACGGCUAACGGUCAACUCCCUUCCUUUCUCCACAGUGCGCAUGGUUGGAUUUCAUCGGUGCGUCAAACUUCACGAGGCAAAGUUUUCUUGAGAGGAUUUUGGUGCUGUAUUCAACCGUAAAUACGAUGUCGUAUUUUUGUAAGCAGGCAGGUGAAGUGCAGUAUACGGGUUGUUCUAUCCUUGUCUUUGUCGUUCUCGUUUUGAGCCUCGCGGCUGCCAAAGACCAAUGGAGAACAGAAGUUAACAUACAAGGCAGGGCUCUCAAGGGUUUCACGUUUAAAAUAUUGUUAACAACAGCCCCUUACCUGUGUGAUGUCAAAUGCGAACAGGAAAUUACCUGUCAAAGCUACAACUACAACAGAGAAAACAAGAUUUGCGAGUUAAAUAACCGCACCAAGGAAGCAAGACCAGAAAACUUCAUCUCAGCUCCUGCCUGGUUUUACAUCCGACGUUUAAAUGGCCGAGUUCCCUUGGGCUCCAUUCCAGAACUACCAGCGCAGUCAUGUCAGGAAAUAAAAUUGAGUGAGGGUAAAGACACCGUCAGUAACAUGUACUGGCUGGAUGAAAGUGGCAAAGGAAACGCUGUAUUGGAUUAUUGUGACAUGGCCAUCUCAGGCCGAAUUCCUCUUUCCUGUAAGGAGAUAUGGAAGAACAAAAGAAUCCGUCUUGACGGUCCUUACCGCAUCCGGGUAAACUCGCCUGCCAAGACAGCAUCCGUGUUUUGUCACUUGACUCCCAUUCCCGGAUGUGGGAAUGGCGGAUGGACGCUUGUCAUGAAAAUUGAUGGACACAAGCAAACCUUUACGUACUACGCGGAAUAUUGGAAGAACACUGUUGCUUACAACGAGUCUGCUGGAACAAGCCUUAAUGAAGACGAAACUAAACUGAGCAGCUUUUGGUCGACACCUUUCACUCGACUGUGUCUGGGCAUGAAACACCCUGCCAACGGCGUAACAAACUGGAUUGCUUUGAACUACUCUGCCUCAUCUCUGAGGGAUGUGAUAGGCGACGGAACAUUCCGACCAACAAAUCUGAGUGUAACAGAAUGGAAAACGCUUCUGAAUAACUCAGGAAUUCAGGACGGUUGCCAGAUACAGGGUUUUAAUAGCAUUAACAAGGGUUUUGACUACGGUACCAGUGCUAAGACUCGUAUUGGAAUUAUUGGCUCUCCACAUAGAUGUAAUCAAACUACACAGAGCAGAAUUGGGUUUGGUUCCGCAGGAAGAUUUUACCUCAUGGACGAUUCGAAUUCGUGUGGAAACGAGCUACGCAACGAAGUAUCUAUUAAGGCAUUUGGCUACAUAUUUGUUCAGUAAAUCUUGAAUAUGCUAAACUUAAUUUCUGUAAGGCCUCUGGUGGAUACAUGUAUGUAGUAUAAAAGUUAUCAUCCUGAGAAACUGCUCAUUUUAAGAGAACCGAUCACACUUUUGAUUAAAGUAAGACUUAAAUUGAUCGUACUGCAA